AUGAACGAUAAUUUUGGUAUUGGAGCAUUUCUUGUAGUAUUGAUUAUUAUCAUACAAUCAAUUUUAGGUAGUUACUUUUCUCAGAAGAAUGUUAGGUACUUCCAUGAAACAGGAAUUGCUAUAGUCCUUGGGAUGGUUGUGUCUAUUUUUGCUUACUUUGCUUUAGACUACCAAGUCAAGUUAGAAAAAAGAAUCUUUGUAUACAUUUUCCUUCCAGCAAUAGUAUUUGCUGAGGGAUAUUCUUUAAAAAAAAAAAUAUUUUUCAACAACAUGACUUACAUUUUGAUUUAUGGAUUCUUAGGAACAAUUAUUACAUUUAGUUUCCUGGUUGUUUCCAUGAACUUUCUCUGUAACAAUGAUUUGAUAGUAAUUGAAAGAGGGAAUAAAAAUUUAAUUGAUGAUCCUAAUGUAGGUACUGAUCCUAAGCUAAAUUCAAAAGAAAUCAUUUUAUUUAGUGCAGCUUUAAGCUCUAAAGAUUCUUUUUUAGCUUCAACAAUGAUCAACCAUCAUGCAUACCCUACUUUGUUUCAUAUUGUCUUUGGUGAAGGUAUAAUGAACGAUGCGACUUCAUUAAUUCUCUUUGAAAGUUUUGAAUCUCUAAUAGAACAUGAAUCAAAUUUUACUUGGAGUACUGUUCCUAAUGUUUUUAUUGUAUUCUUGAUCAGUCUUACUUUAAGUAUACUAUCUGGGACAUUUUUUGGUAUAUUAUGCACACUCAUUCUGAAGCAUAUGCCAUUUUUAAAUUAAACAGUCAUUCAUGAGAUUUUGAUAAUUUUUAUGUGCAGCUAUUCUGGUUAUUGUAUAAUUGAAUACUUCCAUUUAUCGGGUAUUAUUUCUCUUCUUUUCAGUGGAUUUAUUAUUGGUUACUAUGGGUUCCAUAAUAUGUCUGACAAAGCUAAAAUUUGUGCAAAUGUUACUUUUCAAACUAUAUCUUGUGGUGCUGAAAAUUUUUUAUUUGCUUUUGUUGGUUUCACAACUUUUUCUUUCUAUAAAAAUGCUUGGAGCUUUUCACUAAUUGGUUGGAUAUUACUUAUUUUAGUAGUAAGCAGAUUAUUUUAAGUAUUUGUGAUGAGUGCUAUUUUCAGAUUGUUUUACCGAAAAACACCAUUUUUAGUUAAAUUAAGAGAAUAAGUAGUAAUAUGCUUCACAGGUAUGAGCAGAGGUAUCCUUGGCUUUAUAUUGAUGGACUAAGUAGAAUCAAAAGAAUACAAAGAUCUGCUAAAUAGUACUAUGAUAGGAGUACUCAUUAUAACAACGUUGCUAUUUGGUUUAAUUAAUCCAAAGCUUAUUGAUUGUGUGUUACCUCCUCCAAAACAUCAUGAAAAUGAGAGUCACGUUGAUCAUGAACAUAAACAUGCGUUAGAAUCUAAUUAAAAGAAAGAAACUCAAAAUCAAAAUGAAAAUUAAUAAAUAAUAGAAGUUUAUAAAUUAAGUAGUGCUUAGACUGAAAAACCUCUACCGAUAAAAUGUGAAGAUAUUUAGAUGCGCAAGAUUUAAACAGAAAAAGUAAACAUAUUAACAGAAAAUAUUUAUAAUAAUCUACAAACAGAAGAAAAUAUUUUAGAUACAGAUUACUUCAUAUUAAAGAAGUAAAAGAUAGAAAUUUUGUUAAGCAAUUAAUAUAAUUAAUAUUAUGAAAAGUUAUUUAUAUCUAAAAUAUACUUCAAUUUUAGUAGAAUUAACGAGAAAUAUUUAAAACCUUUCUUGAUUAGAGACUAUAAAUCUAAAUUAGAUGAAUUUAUUAUAUCUAAUAGAUUGUUUAAAGAAGAUAGAAUUUAGUUAACCAGACCUGUGGGUUAGAAUAAAAACUAAGUAUUUAUAUAAAACAGUUUAAAAAAGUUAAAAACUGCAAUAAAAAUGGCUGAAUCAUAAAGAUAUUCAAUCGAAAGUAAAAGAAGCUCUUAAAUUAAUCACCAACCUGAGCUAUUAAAUUUAAAAGAUAGAGAAUAGCUGUACACAGAUAUUCAAAUUAAUUAGCAUUAAGUCAAUACUGAACCUUAAGAAAAUAAUAACAAAGAAUAAUAGUACAUGUAUACCUAAUAUUCAAAUGAUGAGAAAUAGAAUUUAAAUUUAUAAUAGGAUAUAUUUAAUAAAUAAUUAAAAAAAUAAUGA